AUGAAGCUGUUCGUUUUUGUGAUACUCUGCCUGGCUGUGGGCAGCCAGGGACGCGUGCUGCAGCCGCCUAAGGAGGCUAUCGACAUACCCGUGACGAUUGUGCAAGAUGAUGAGCCAGCGGAGAAAAAGAAGCUGGCAGAAAUAGUGCCCGUGCCGGUGACCGUGCCCGUGCCCGUGCCCGUGCCCGAACAGAAGCCAAUUGAAGUGCCGGCUAAGCCCGUCGAGAAAAUAGAGCAGCCAGCCGGGGAAAUUGUCAAAGAAGAGGUGCAGCAGCAGCUCAAGACGGAGCAGAUUGAAGAGAAGAUUAAAGAACCAGAGCAGCCACAAGCUGUGCUUAAGCCAGAAGAGCCGAAUACCGUUGAGCAGGAAAAGGUGAAGGAAGGUGAAGCAGAGCAGGCAGAGACACAGCCUCAGACACAAACGCUCAAAGAACUGGCUGCGGAAAACGGAGCGGAAACAGUGCCCUUGCCCGUUGAGGUGCCCGUGCAGAACCUGGAUCCGGAGGACGCAGUGCAGCCAGCGGUGCGUCAGGCCACACAAGCCACACCCACGCAGCAGCAGUCAACCACACAGCAGAACUUUGUGCAGCAGCUCAUACAAAACUCGCCCAUUGGCCAGUUCCUCAAUCAGUUCAAUGGUCAGAAUCAACAGCAGGCAGAUGCGCCAGCCACGCCAGCGCCCACAGUGCCCGGUUUCCUGAAUCCGGCAGCAGCCAUUACCUCUGCCCAGCAGGCGGUGCAAAAUGCGGCUCAAUCGGUUGUCAACACCACCACACAGGCUUUCCAGGGUAUUCAGCAAUUCGCCAACAAUCUGGGCACACAGUUCCAGAACACACUCUCCGGUCUGACGGGUCAGCAAAGUCCGGAGCCCACCACACCCCGUCCACCAGGCCCCAUUCAGUCGUUCGUUAACAAUGUCUUUGGUGGUGGCAACAACGCCACAGCGGCUGCCCCACCACAACAGCAGGGUCCUUUGCAGGGCAUCAUCAACUUCCUGGGCGGCAACAGGCCACAAAAUGCCAAUCCAGCCACGCCCAUUGUGACUGACAAGCCCGCUGCCGAAAAGCCAGCUGUCGAUGACAAGGUCGACGAAGUGCAGGAGCAACAGCCGAUCGAGUCCGACGAUGCCAACGAGGUGCGCAACAGCGCUGAAGCGAUCGACGAUUCGUUCGAAGAGGCUGUUCCCGUCGACGAGGUUAUUGUCGUCAACGAUGAUUCCGCCGUUGUCGACCCUGUCGAGGCCUCGCAGUCCGACCCAAAACCCGUCCAGGUCGAGCUCUCACUGCAACAGGAACCAGAGUCUGCCGUUGUUCCCGCCGACGAUGUUCAAUAA